GUGUUCUGCCGCGGUCAGUACUACUCAGGCGACAAGCUUAGUACAAAUUUUGUUUCUUGUGUGACUGACACAAUCAGUUUUGCCUGUGGACCGUCAUGACCUCAGCACGGUCUCAGACAACCCCAUCGUCCCCUCAUAAUUUGGUCAUCCCACCAGUAUUACACUCCCCUCCAUCACUUUCAAAUAUCAAAGAUCACCAUUUCAGCACAGGAAACCUAUCCGUGACCACGCCGGGUCUUGAAAGUUCAGCAUCAUCAGUAACAAAUCUUGAUUUGAAUGAUGGUAUUCUUGUCCAUGAGGUGGACCCAGAGGUGGACACCACCCACAGCGAAGAUACCACUGCAGUCGGUCAGAUAGAUGAUGUAGCUGACGAAGAAUCCAGGAAGAACCUGCGUGAUCAUCUACGGCGGACUUUAAGUGUUCAGAGGGAGAAAUCAGACGCAAAGCGAAAAGCUGAUGGAUCUCUAGAAAUCAGUCCCGUGUCUCCUGACACAACUCUUGAAGGACAUAGACCUCGAGAGUACUUUGUACUCACGGACGCUGGAAAACCUGUAUUCACUAGUCGCCCUGCUGGGCAGGACGCUGAGAAUUUGUCCUCUAUCAUGGGUAUAGUUCAAGCGCUUUUAUCAGUCUUCCUCGACGAUGGCGAUAAGCUACGCUGCAUAAAUGCUGGAAGGUUGCGGAUAACCUUCCUGCUUCGGUCCCCCCUGUAUUAUGUCUGCGCGUCAUCGUGGGGUGAGCCAGAGUCGGUCGCUCGCUCACACCUCGAGUAUCUACAUCUACAAAUACUGAGCAUUGUCACGGCAUCUCAACUACGACGCAUCUUCGAGCGUCGCACGAACUUUGACUUGCGCAGGUUAUUAGACGGUUCAGAACCAUUUAUGUUUUCGUUGUUAGCUCGAAUGGAACUCGAUCUUGCAAUGGCGACUUCUUCCUUGAAUUGUCUACAAUUGGACCAAAGCUUGCGAGCGCGUGUUGCCGAAGCACUGGUACCAACAUCAAAGAUGAAGGAUACCCUCUACAUCAUUUUAGUUGCACGGGGUCAGGUCAUAACAUUGGUGCGACCUAAAAAGCAUUCAAUACACCCUGCUGAUAUACACAUUCUCGUCAAUACCGUUUAUUCCCCGUCUAUUAUCAACUCGCCUGCAUCUGCCUCAUGGAUUCCAGUUUGUCUACCGAAGUUCAACCCUGCUGGUUUUGUCAACGCGUAUAUCACUUUUUUACAUCGCCCUGAUGCAGACCAUAAAUCUUAUCAGAGGACAGCACCCGAGAACAAUGAAAGUGCAGAUACCACUGGCGCUAGCCAUGUUACUGAGAACAGUCAAGGUACCACUUCAAGGCACACCAUCAUAGAAGAUUCUGGCAUCGGACUUGUGUGCAUCAGCGGCGGGGGAGAGUUCGAGACCGUGCGAGCAUGGUGCGACAUUGUCACUCAGAAAUUGAACGAUGAUGGAUCCCUCGAUGCGCUGGCCAGAGCUGUCGACACCGGGAAAACAAGCUACUUUGCCUCCCAGCUGGGGAUACCUGGAUUGCGUCACUUUGUUUAUAAAUCAAGGUCGCAUGUUCAGAUUACCUUACCGGCUUUCGAGGAGCCUUAUGAUACCCUCGACGCGAAGCGAAGGAUUGUCACAUUGUACCAGAUCGUACAUGACGCCAUACAUGCAAAAUCUGGGCAAACAGGAAACCUCAAGCUGCAAUACAUUCGUACGGAGAAGGAAAUAGUCAUGGGUUGGAUAACGCAACCGUUUGAACUGUAUGUGGUUUUAUCGCCGCGGUUACCCAAGGCUGCGGUGAUCAAUGCAGCGAACGCAGUUACUCGGUGGGUGAAGAAAGAAGAAGGUACAACUUUUCUUGAGGGAUGCCCCGGUCUUUUAAUUGUACUGGAUGGACUGUACUGAUGAGACGAUACCCCUUUCAAACGUCAUUCAUUCGCGUUGGGUGUUCUUCGGUUGAUGCACCUUAUGACUACGAGAUCUGUGGCCCAUCAGGAAUAUGACGCGUUCAUUCUGACCCCUUUAUACAUUUUAUGUAAUGCGAUGCGUGUUAGCCUGUCUUAUACAUCUUCGUGACAAACCGGCAGCUGCGUGAGUAACAUAGAGCAUGACUCGAUACCCCGGAUCCGGAGUGGGGUUAGCUAGGGUUAGCGCUUGUGCGG